UCGAACCUGGGACCUUUCAGUGGGCAGGCUGAUGCUCUAUCCACUGAGCCAAACCGGUUUCAGCCUCCCCAAUUGUUUAAUCCUCUCCGUGAGAAACAUCGACGGGAUGCCUCCUGCAUACGCCCCCACAGGAGAUCAAACCCACAGCCUAGGUAUGUGCCCUGACCGAGAAAUGACCCCGCAACUUUCUGAUGAAUGGGAUGAUGCUCCAACCCACUGAGCCACCCGGCCAGGGCCCCCAACAGCCGCUGGCACCAGGCAGGAGCGCCCCAGCCAGAGCCACGACCCAGCCCCUCCAAGAACAGAAGUCUUCAUAGAACUAAGGAACUGAGGCCGUUGGAGGGGGCGGGGUGCCGGGCGGCGCGAGGCUAACGGUUCUGGCUGGAGGCUGAGGGGCCGUGGAGCAUCCCCGGCAGAGGCUGAGGCAGGACGGACUGAGGCGGGGCCGGAGCCCCCGGGGAUACAUCGUCGGCAGCCGAGAUGCUGGCGGGCAACGCGGCCGAGGAGUUUGAGAAGAGGGAGGACGCGCCCUGGUGCGACCACUGAGACCUCCAUCCCGCAGGACCUCCCGCCGGCUGCUGAGCUUGGGAAGACACCCCUGGGUGGGAGCGGAGGCGGAGGAGGGUUCUCCCCAGCAGAUGCACACACGGCCCGUCGUCAGGAAGGAGCAGCUGCGGGGAAACGGAGGCCCCGGCCGCGCCGAUGGAGCUGCCGCCGCCGCAGGGGAAGGAGCAGGGGGCGAAGGUGCACGAGCACGUCGUGGCCACCGCGCGGGAGCUGGAGGAGGCCACCCGGCAGCUGGCGGCGGGCAGCGCGGCCUCCCGGCACAAGUUCCUGAGUCUGGCUGAGAAGAUCAAAACCCUGCAGGCCAGCACCCGUCAGCUCCAGGCCCAAGUGGAGGAGCUGAAGUCCCUGGGCCAAGGCCGACGGGGCCCGGGGAAGCGGGGCCCCACGCCCGCGCCCGGCUCGGGGGGCGGGAAGGAGCUGCGGGAGCAUGAUGACCUCGAGGCUGCAGGAAAGGUGGCCUCCUGGCCUGGCCCGCCGAGCCUCUACUACACGGAGGAAAACAAGCACCUGAAGAAGUUACUGAGGACGCUGCGGGCGCGGCUGAGCCUGGAGCAGCAGCGGCGGGGCGCCCUGGAGGAGCAGCUCGGGCUGGUGCUCAGGAAGAACGAGGAGCUGGAGCAGCAGCUGGGCGCCGCCCGCGGCUACCGGGCCCGGGCGCUGGAGCUGGAGGCCGCGGUGGCUGAAAUCCGGCGGGUGCUGCGGCUGGAGCGCCCCCUCGUGGUGGAAAAGCUGGUGCACGGCUCCCUGUUGGUCCUCUUCAGAGAGCCCGGCCAGAGCCUGCGGGAAGAGGUGCCCAUGCUGACCGUGCCCGAGGCCCAGCGGAGGCCUCUCCGGAGGCCCCUGCAGCCCAGCAGCAGCAGCGAGACGAUGCACAGCAGCAGCGUGGCGGGCGGGGACAUCGGGAAGAGCCACGAGGGGACCUGCCUCCCCAAGACCAAGGCUGUGGAGCAGAGUUCCCGGCUGCAGGAACUCGGCGCACAGUACGAGGAGCUGCUGACCAAGUGCAAGCAGCAGAUGGGGGACUCACUGUCCCACAGGGCUGGGCAGGCUGCCAGGGCCCCAGCCCGCGCUGGAGCCAGCACCAGCACGCCACUUCCCAAAUACAAGGUGCUCUUUAAGGAGAUCUUCAGCUGCGUCCAAAAGAGGACGCAGGUCGGCAAGCAGAGAGGGAAUUACCGCUCUCUCCCCUCUCCUUAAUGGGGUCUCCAGCUCCCCCCCCCCCCUGCUCAUUUCCUAUCUCCCAUCACCCCUCUCCCACUCAGACACGUGUUUGUAGACCCCGAAGCCUGAAGCUGCGCACUGCUUUGCUUACGUAGCAAGUGUGUGCGUGUGCAGUGAGGAAAGAGGAUGGCGCCUGGUAUCCGUUUCCUCACCCAGGUCUCUCUAAGCCCCGCCGUAAGUCCCUCCCAGGACACACUGGCUUCUGGCCGCCACUCAUUAGGCCGCCCUUCUUCCUUGAGAAGCCCCAGAAGCAGUGAGGGCAGAGCUGUGCCCCUGGGGAGGUGGGCCUGGAGCUUCCAUACGUACAGCACGUACCGCAUUGGGAAAGGGCAAGGGAAACAAACGAAAGAAACUCGGGCAACCCCUGCUGCCUCCUGGCUUCUGGAAAAUUCGGGAGUCAGCCACCAACUUGAACUAUUCCCAAGCACUGUAGGAGACUGUGAAUUCAUGAAGAAGACCGUUCAGGGGAAAGUAGGGGCCUAAUCCAAAGAAACCGUAUUAACCCAGUAAUUGCAUAUAUUUUUUCUAAAACCCAAAUAAAACUACCUUUGAAAAUGAAGAAGGAAAAAAAAAAGACUUAUAUUCUUGAAUUCUAUGUGAUUUCCCUAAUUAGUACAAAUGGAUUCUUGGGGAAAAUAUGAGGAAAAAAAUCACUUGAGCUUGUGCAAGUGAAUCUUUGUUCUUAUAAUGAAAACAGCAAGAGUAAGUAGGUUGGGAUGAAAGCUGAUGGAAGAGUCAGAGGCUCACAGCUGGUACUGGCCACAGACUCAGGACCAUCGGAAUUCCCAGAGGACCCUCUGGGGACCAGGGCUGGUCCUGUCAGUUCCAAAUUACACCUGAUGCUUUGUCCCCUCGAAGGUUAAGUCCAGUGUAUUGUGGAAAGCUCGUUCACCUUUCAAAUUGAAUUAUUAAAAUAACUGUUUCUAGCACUUCCCUUUGUAUUGUGGAAAGCUUGUUCACCUUUCAAAUUGAAUUAUU